AUGAGCUCCCCCAGCCCGCGUCCGCCGCAGCAUGGCCGCCGGCCCUCGCUGGUCCAACAAGAGGACGGCCUCUACCACUCGGCCGUGCCAACGCGCACCGGCAUGCUCACCUCAAUGAUGCGCUCCCGCUCCCAGCAGAGCUUGCACGCGACCUGGCGCAACCACUAUGCCUCCGACGACGACGAGCCCGUCCGCGGACGCUCCCGCGGCCACCCGCCCGAGGAUGACGAGCUCGAGCGCCUCCUCCACGACGAGAAUCGUCUGAGCCAGAUUCUUCACGGACCACAGAACCGCAGCAUGAACCUCAUUGGCAAGAGCAACCCGAGAUAUCGUUGGGACUCGUACUGGAAGUCCGAGGAGGAGCUGCAGGGCAUGUCGAGAAAACUGCGCGAAUACUACGAGCGCACGAAUGACCUCAUCCAGCAGUACAUGUACAUUGACUGCCUGCUCGAUUCCACCAUCCCCCACGAGCUUCUCAACGAGUACAACGCUGAGCUGGAGGCCUCGGCCUUUCGUGGCGUCGACAUCCCCAACACCAUCUCCGAAGAGCCCGACUCGUCGUCCCUCUCCGGUUCUGUCACCGAGCGCUUCAACGGCGGCGCGUCGUACGGCUCGACAAACACCCUGCCUCCUGCAGUGCCCCCCGAGAAUGUUAACAAGACCCCGCCACUGCCUGCCAAGCGCACGCCCAAGGACAUUUUCCGCUCCUCUGAGAACCUGACCAUGCUGCCACAGAACCAGGCGGCGGAGGAGGAGGACGGAGAGAUCUUCCACGCCUUGUCGGACGAGAGACGGCCUUUGCUAAAGCCGAACUCAAAAGAUCUUGAGAACGGCCCCCGGCCUCUUCUCCCCUGGCUCGAAGAUGGAGAGGUUGACAGCGAUGACCCCAUCGUCACCCUCGCCAUCUACGUCAACCUUAUUGCCAACGUUGUGCUUCUCGUCGGUAAAAUCAUUGUCAUCAUCUCGGUUCCCUCCAUGUCCGUCCUGGCCUCUCUGGUCGAUGCCGUCUUGGACUUCUUGAGUACUGCCAUUGUCUGGACCACUACCCGCCUCAUUGCCUCGAGUGCAAGUGACCAUCACCGGUAUCCUGUCGGACGCACUCGCCUCGAGCCUCUGGGCGUUCUUGUCUUUUCCGUCAUCAUGGUCACUUCGUUCUGCCAAGUCGCUCUCACGUGUAUACAGCGUCUCAUGGGCAAUGAGCACGAACUAAUUGAACUGGGCGUGCCAGCUAUUACCAUCAUGGCCUCUACCGUCGUGAUCAAAGGCGCAUGCUGGGUCUGGUGUCGAAUGGUCAGAAACUCUAGCGUCCGAGCCCUUGCUGAAGACGCCAAGACGGAUGUCAUUUUCAACAUUGGCUCUAUCUUAUUCCCCAUCAUCGGUUUCUACGGCAAGGUCUGGUGGCUCGACGCCACCGGUGGCCUGUUACUCUCCCUCGUUGUCGUCUUCACCUGGAGCCACACGUCAGCCCAUCACGUCCGCAACCUGACGGGCUUCGGCGCCGAGCCGGACGAGCGCAACCUGCUACUCUACCUGACGAUGCGCUUCGCCACCGCCAUCCGCAAGAUCCAGAACCUGCGCGCCUACCACGCCGGCGACAAGCUCUUCGUCGAGGUCGACAUUGUCCUCUCCGCCAUCACCCCGCUCAAGGACUCCCACGACCUGAGCGAGGUCCUCACCUACUUCCUCGAGUCGGUGCCCAUCGUCGACCGCGCCUUUGUGCACGUCGACUACACGAGCUACAACGCGCCGACUCACAUGCUCAAGCAGUCUUCCUCGUAA